AGUUUUCUAGUUUGUUGACAGUUUGAGAGCUAACGUUAGCCAGUAUCGGAAAAAUCAUGGUUUAUUCGUAAUCAAAAACGUUUGUUCAUCUUAUAGCCACUGGCUGUUUGUUGAGUUGGUCCUGCUGAAGAUUUAAGCACAAUCCGCAAACAAAAUGUGGUUAACAUCAUCUAUAGUUCGAGCGUGCUAUUAGCAAGCUAACGUAACAUACAUGCUGGAGUAUAAGUGAGCUAGUUAGCUUAAUUACGCUAUGGUGCUUCUCACACAUUUGUUAUGCUUUUACUUCUUCUGAAUAAUUUGUGCGGCAUGGACACCGAGGGAAUCGUCAUCCGAAUCAAAACCUCACGCGGGGACAUGGACUCCUCUGUGGACUGUCCCUCUAUGCUGAGUUUUAAUGACUUACUGGUAGCUAUAAGGGAUGUCAUGCCAGAAGCCACAAUAACAGCAUUUGAAUAUGAAGAUGAGGUUGGUGAUCGAAUUACCGUCAGGAGUGACGAAGAAAUGAAAGCCAUGCUCUCAUAUUACUGCAAUACUGUGAUGGAGCAACGUGUCAAUGGACUGCUGCCUGAGCCACUGCAGAUCUUUCCUCGAGCCGGCAAGACUCCAGGGAUACGGAACAUACAUGGCCUGAAGGUGAACACGAGGCAUGCAUCCGACAACAACCGCGCCCCCUGUGCCACCGAAACGCUGCCCAACAAUAGCUUAAAAAAAUCUUCAGCUGAGCUCAAAAAGAUCCUGACAAAUGGACAGAUAAAUGAACAAGACAUACAGUACCAGGAGCAGCUUGGCCAUGGAAAUGGAGGCACUGUGUACAAGGCUUACCAUGUCUUGGGCAAGAGGGUGUUAGCAGUGAAGGUCAUUCCUUUGGACAUCACUGUGGAACUGCAGAAGCAGAUUAUGUCCGAGCUGGAAAUUCUCUACAAGUGCGACUCUCCGUACAUCAUCACGUUCUAUAGCGCCUUCUUCGUGGAAAACCGGAUCUCCAUCUGCACUGAGUUCAUGGACGGGGGUUCGUUGGAUGUGUACCGGCGGGUGCCAGAGCAUGUGUUAGGCCGGAUCGCAGUGGCCGUGGUCAAGGGACUUACAUACUUGUGGAGUCUAAAGAUUUUGCAUAGAGAUGUCAAGCCUUCGAACAUGCUGGUCAACACAAGAGGACAAGUAAAGCUGUGCGACUUUGGAGUCAGCACGCAAUUGGUGAACUCCAUCGCUAAAACAUAUGUGGGAACGAAUGCCUACAUGGCUCCUGAGCGGAUAUCAGGGGAGCAGUAUGGCAUCCACUCGGACGUGUGGAGUGUCGGCAUCUCACUAAUGGAGUUAGCCCUGGGUACAUUCCCAUAUCCACAGGGAGAAGAACAUUUAAAGGGCCUUCCAGCCCUAACAACACAUCAUCCAGGCAAAGACCAAAUACAGUACAUCCAGAUUCAGAAGAACCAGGGCUCCCUGAUGCCUCUCCAGUUAUUGCAGUGCAUUGUUGAUGAGGACCCUCCUGUGCUUCCAAUGGGGCAUUUCAGUGAGAAGUUCAUCCACUUCAUAACACAAUGUAUGAAGAAGCUUCCCAAAGAGCGCCCGCCACCAAACAAUUUAAUGGACCAUGCCUUCGUCCAGCUCUACGACGACGGGAACAUGGAGGUGGUGUCCAUGUGGGUGUGCUGCUGCCUGGAGGAGAGGAGGACCCAGCAGGCCCAGGCCCACAUGUCCUAAGGGACCGUCGGGGUGCUCCUGUGGAAUUAUGGGAAGGAUUUCCCAGGAUCCCCCAGUCCUGUUAUCCCCGGGGUGCAGAGGAGCCAAAGCACAUAGAAAUCAGCCAACACUUCCCUUCCCAUCUGGCCAAGGCCAUGGCCAUUAUGAGAUUUGUUCCCUGUCAUGAACUUUAUAUUAUGUCCGAAACUUUGGGGCGUUUCCCUAGAAAUGAGCAUUUCCUUUCCUCAUUGACACUGUGAGAUGGACUUCACUUCCAACCCAACUCUUUGUAUUUGCCUGUUACAUUGAGCUCCCAUGACUGAGCUGAUUAGGAAAUGCGCAAUCUUCUGUUGUUGUUCUUUUUUUUUCAUACUAAUAGAACGUUUGAGGAGGCGUAAGGGUGUGCAGUUGACCCUAACGUCUUAAACGGAUGUAACCGUGUGAAGACGAUCGGCUUUACGUUGUUUUUUCCGUAGGAAAGUGCCAUUUUAGGUGGACUCCAGACGCCUGAGCGACCGUGCUUUAUUGGUUGGCAGCAAUGUAGCGAGCGUUAGCGUUAGCAUUAUCGUGUGCCUGUGAGCUGUCUGUAGCGUAGCAACGCCUGUGCUCAUGCCUGAUCUCUCCGGCUAGAGUCCUCUUUGGAUGCCCGCUCACUCUGUCUGCUUACUCUGCCCGCAGUGAAAGAUGUUAAGGGAGCAAUAGUCUGACGAGUGACCACACUGCUACUGUCAUUAGUAAAUAAGUAAAUAAGUAAGAUUUAUUUGUAUAGCACAUUUACAACUAAAGUGCUUCACAGGGAGAAGAACAUGGAAAGGACAUUCCACCCCCCAACUACACAUGAUGCAUCCAGGCAGAGACAGAUACAAUGCAAAGAGAACCUUCCUCCUCAGCUCCACACAAGUUUAGUGGCUGCCAAACGCAAGUAGGAAGCAUGGACUUAAAAAGCCCUACCAAGCUCAGUUAGACAAGAGGACAGUCCUAUCCUGGUCUUGACUCUAAAGCCCUCAAUACCGAAGGAUGAGGUGCCACACGUUUUCCCCUCCAAGCCCAGCUUGGAGUGUCAGGAAGCUGCCUCUGUGAGAUUAUGUAGGAGCGACGCGGGGAAGGGCUUCCGGACAGCUCAAGCUCUGGACUAUGGUGUCCAUUUGUGCUGCUCAGAUUACCUUGGGCUCCAGAAAAGACAGAUAAAUGACUGAAUUGUGAGUGAGUGAGUGAGUGAGUGAGCUCUGUUGUCCACCAUGAGGAACUGAUGACGUCAAGUCAUGAGAUGGAGUGCUAAAGUCAUCCCACCACACCAUGUUUAAGUAUGUGGCUCAAAUGAUUCCUCAUUCUGCUUUUGUAUGUUAUGUGCUGUUGUAUGACAGCAUAUUUAAUGGAAUAAUAUUAUUUUAACUUCUUUUGCAGUAUUUUUUUAAACAAUCAUGAAUCAUAUAUAUUUACACAUUAGAGGACUUCUAAAAAUGUGUGAAAUUUAAAAACUCUGUGUAAGCCCCCCCCCCCACCACCACCACCUCAGUUGGUCACUUCACCCCAAUGAAUUCAUGUCUUGGUUUGUCAGUAUUUUCAUCAAUUAAACUGAGGUGUGUAAUUGACUCAUGUUAAUAAUGCACUUUACUGUUACAGAGUUUUAUUGAAACCAACCAACCAACUCCCUCACGGUAGAACUCUGAUCACUGACAGAAAAAAUCUCCUGGCUUUCUGUCAUAUAGCCCUAAGGUCAAACCCAAAAGAAAUCAAGGUGCAUGAUGGGCAUUUGUGAGAGACACUAGCUUUUGAACCGAUCGUCGUAUUAUCAAAGCUAUUCGUCAAUAGCUCUUUUAAAUCACUCCAGAUAAUUCCAAAGUAGGUCUAAUUUCUGAUUACCGCUACUAUACUCCUGAACUACUACUACUACUAUACUACCACACUGAAAUGCAGAAAAAUGCGGAUAUAUUGGCCAAUCAAACUUCACAACUUUCAUCUGAAUUCAGAAAUUAUCUGUUGAAAAUUGAAGCCUUGAACACAUUACUGUCAACCAUACCUAUUUAAACCAAAGGGUUCAUUCUUAUAUGGGAUAGUUGCUCUGUUGAAGGAUAACGGUUAAAGUUCUUAGGACCCAGAAGAUUUGCACAUCAUAAAAUACGUAGUAUGUUUUAACACCUGUUUUAAUUUGUGGAUAAUGUCAAAACUCCCUGCUUUGCCAAUUUUACUGUAGAUUAAUUCUCAAAGCCAGAAACAAAUAUGGGCAAUAUUGAGUUUUUUUUUUUCUUUCUAGCAAAGGCAUUCCAUAUUUUUUUCAUCAGCAAUAAAAGAAAAUGCACUUUAUGGAAGUUCUUGCUAUGUAAUAAAAUACAGUUUAGUUAUAGCCUUACACAUAGCCUAGAAAAUGUGAUAUUGUAAAGCAGCAUUGUUGCUCACAGUUAUAUGAUUUGUAAACCCUAAAAGUCCAACUUGAAUUCAUCUGUUACAUAUGUCUUGUUGUAUCCAUUGGUUUUGUGGAGAUGUACCCCAGGAAGGCCAAAUGUCUCAAGCACAGCCUGUAUGUGACAGAUGUGACCCUGGAUGAUGUUCAGUUGAAUGUGUUUUCAUGGUCCAUUAUUGAAAAAUGAUAUAUGGUGCAAUACACCAAGUUAAUUGAUUACAAAAAUAGUUUUAAGAGAAUCCUGAGAUGCUCUUUUGUGUGACAUCCAAUAAUAAAUGCUUUUGAACACCUCUA